UGCUUUCCUUCCCAAUUAAUCCAACUUCCAAUCAUAUCUGCAUCUGUUUUCCAGUGUGGUGUCAAAUCUCACCAAACUCACGACGUUCACGUACAUCAGAAUAAUUACAAGUAAAGGAACAAGGAGAAUUUGUAUCUGUUUUCCUGCGCUCAUAUAUUUCAUAAACGCAGAGAUCAAGCAGAGAGAGAUGGAUGGAGAGAAAGGUACAGUAUGCGUGACAGGAGGUACAGGAUACAUAGGAUCAUGGCUGAUCAUGAGGCUUCUUGAGCGUGGUUACACUGUCCGAACUACAAUAAGAUCCGACCCAGGUGGACCAGGGCACAUGAAAGACAUUGGCUUCCUCACUAGUCUACCAGGAGCAUCGGAAAAACUCCGGAUCUUCAAUGCAGAUCUCAGCAUUCCAGAAAGUUUCAGUGCAGCCAUUGAAGGAUGCAUCGGUGUCUUCCACGUUGCUACUCCGGUUGAUUUCGAAGACAAAGAGCCUGAAGAGAUUGUGACCAAAAGAUCUAUCGAUGGAGCAUUAGGCAUCUUAAAUGCAUGCCUGAAUUCUCAAACUGUGAAACGAGUCGUAUAUACUUCAAGUGCAGCAGCUAUUUUGUACAAUGGCCAGGAUGUUGAUGAUGAAGCAGAUGAAAGCGUUUGGAGUGACGCAGAUUUUAUCAAAGCGCUAAAAACACAUGGAGGUUCGUAUGCAAUUUCCAAGACAUUAACUGAAAGAGCAGUUCUUGAAUUUGGAGAAAAACAUGGGUUGGAGUUGGAUGUCAUAACAAUAAUCCCUUCCCUUGUUAUUGGACCCUUCAUUUGCCCUAAGUUGCCCAGCUCCGUUAGCGUAGCAUUGGCUAUGAUCCUUGGUAACGAGGAUGCAUAUAGUUUUCUUGCCCGUUGUGCAUCUUCAAUGGUGCAUGUAGAUGACUUGGUCAGAGCACAUAUUUUUCUCCUUAAAUAUCCUAAUGCAAAAGGAAGAUACAUUUGUUCAUCAGAUGGCAUGACAAUUGAACAUAUAUCUGAAUUUCUUGCUGCCAGUUAUCCAGAAUUUCAAAUACCAACACCAGAUUCAAUAAAGAAAUAUAAAGGUUCUAAAACACAAGGACUUUCAUCAAAGAAGCUUUUAGAUUCUGGGUUCAAAUAUAAAUAUAGUUUCAAAGAAAUGUUCGACGGAGCAAUUCAAUGUUGUCAAGAAAAUGGUUAUUUUUAGUUCAAUGGUUAAUGAGUUAUAGAUUCUACCAAUAGUUUGUCAAAUAAAUGUAAGUAAGGAGCACGCUAUCCUGGUUGGACGUGAUAUGCCCCUUGCCCCACAUCUAGAUUUGUGUCCUUGCAUUUGAAUGUUGCUUUAUCAUCUAUUGAGUGUUGACUUUUGCUUAUUUGUUAGUCCCACAUCGAUGGAAUUAAAGAAAAUGGUAUAAGCCAUGAGAUAUAAAUAAGAGGCUUAGCCUCUUAGUUUAAGUGCACCAGAUAAAAA